CCGAAAGGACAAAACCUCUACGGGGAGGUCGUUGGGUCUCUCGGAGCCGGUUUGCAGCUAAGCGGAGGCGCCAUCUUAAGACACACGGAAGGCAGCUCCGCGGACGGACAGGACCCCACCACCAUGUAUCCCUCGACUUUGACGCAGCUCGCCCGGGCCAAUCCAUUCAGUGCCCCGCUGUUCACGCUCCAGAAAGUGGAGGAACCACAGCAGAGUCUUCCCGUGCAGAGGACACGCAGACUGGCAGCAGCCGCCACGGCAGACGAGGGAGACAGUUGUGAGUUUGGCUCUCAGAAGUAUUUCGUCCUGUGUGGCUUUGGCGGGAUUCUGAGCUGUGGCACCACACACACAGCAGUUGUUCCCCUCGAUCUGGUCAAAUGCAGAAUGCAGGUUGACCCAGACAAGUACAAGAGCAUUGGCAAUGGGUUUUCUGUGACCGUGAGGGAGGAUGGUGUCAGAGGCUUGGCGAAGGGCUGGGCACCCACCUUCAUCGGCUACUCGAUGCAGGGACUCUGCAAGUUUGGCUUCUAUGAAGUGUUUAAGAUCUUUUACAGUGACCUGCUUGGAGAGGAAAACACCUACAUGUGGAGAACAUCACUGUACCUUGCUGCCUCAGCCAGUGCAGAGUUCUUCGCCGACAUCGCUCUGGCUCCUAUGGAGGCUGUCAAAGUGCGUAUCCAGACCCAGCCAGGCUACGCCAACAACCUUAGGGAGUGUGUCCCCAAGAUGUACGCAGAGGAAGGUCUCUGGGCUUUCUACAAGGGUGUGGUACCUCUGUGGAUGAGACAGAUCCCUUAUACCAUGAUGAAAUUUGCCUGCUUUGAGCGCACAGUGGAGUUGCUCUACAAGUAUGUUGUCCCCAAGCCCCGCAGCGAGUGCAGCAAACCUGAGCAACUGGUGGUCACCUUUGUGGCUGGUUACAUUGCUGGUGUGUUUUGCGCCAUUGUGUCGCACCCUGCCGAUUCUGUGGUUUCUGUGCUGAACAAGGAGAAGGGAAGCACUGCUGUCCAGGUCCUCAAGAGGCUAGGACCCAAAGGUGUGUGGAAGGGCUUGGUUGCCCGUAUAAUUAUGAUCGGUACCCUGACUGCUCUGCAGUGGUUCAUCUAUGAUUCGGUUAAGGUGUACUUCCGUCUGCCACGCCCACCCCCCCCUGAGAUGCCCGAGUCCCUGAAGAAGAAGCUUGGCGUGGAGUGACAACCCCACCACCACUCCCCCCACUAGGUGGCAACUGUCACAUGACAACAGGUUUCCCAACUUCCAUUCAGUGCACACUGCAGUUUUCUAUAUUUAUGCCCCCAGUCCAGCUGUAUCAAUGAAUGUGGGCAAUAACUACUCAUGUAUAUUUAACAUGCAAAAUCAAGUGGUAAAGGAGCUGGUGUUGUCUGUCUUUGCUCACCAAGAGAUGGGCAAAGAAUACUCCCUUGGUGUGCAACACUUAUGAUUUUAUUCUGUUCCUGUGAUUUGAAAAUGGAAAUUAAAAACAAUUCCUUGGGAAA